AUGGUUUCAAGCGAGGGGUGCAGAGAGGACGACAGUGUAGAUAGCUUAUCUCUCACCGAGGACGACAGUGUAGAAAGCUUAUCUCUCACCGAGGACGACAGUGUAGAAAGCUUAUCUCUCACCGAGGACGACAGUGUAGAAAGCUUAUCUCUCACCGAGGACGACAGUGUAGAUAGCUUAUCUCUCACCGAGGACGACAGUGUAGAUAGCUUAUCUUUCACCGAGGACGACAGUGUAGAAAGCUUAUCUCUAGGAUCUCCCACCGAGGACGACAGUGUAGAUAGCUUAUCUCUAGGAUCUCUGACAGAGGACGACAGUGUAGAAAGCUUAUCUCUCACCGAGGACGACAGUGUAGAAAGCUUAUCUCUCACCGAGGACGACAGUGUAGAAAGCUUAUCUCUCACCGAGGACGACAGUGUAGAUAGCUUAUCUCUCACCGAGGACGACAGUGUAGAAAGCUUAUCUCUAGGAUCUCCCACCGAGGACGACAGUGUAGAUAGCUUAUCUCUAGGAUCUCUGACAGAGGACGACAGUGUAGAUAGCUUAUCUCUCACCGAGGACAACAGUGUAGAUAGCUUAUCUCUAGGAUCUCCCACCGAGGACGACAGUGUAGACAGCUUAUCUCUAGGAUCUCUGACAGAGGACGACAGUGUAGAUAGCUUAUCUCUCACCGAGGACAACAGUGUAGAUAGCUUAUCUCUAGGAUCUGUCACCGAGUACAACAGUGUAGAUAGCUUAUCUCUAGGAUCUGUCACCGAGGACGACAAUGACGACAGUGUAGAUAGCUUAUCUCUAGGAACUCUGACAGAGGACGACAGUGUAAAUAGCUUAUCUCUAGGAUCUCUGACGGAGGACGACAGUGUAGAUAGCUUAUCUCUCACCGAGGACAACAGUGUAGAUAGCUUAUCUUUCACCGAGGACGACAGUGUAGAUAUCUUAUCUCUAGGAUCUCUGACAGAGGACGACAGUGUAGAUAGCUUAUCUCUAGGAUCUCCGACAGAGGACGACAGUGUAGAUAGCUUAUCUCUAGGAUCUCUGAAAGAUGACGACAGUGUAGAUAGCUUAUCUCGUGGAUCUCUGACAGAGGACGACAGUGUAGAUAGCUUAUCUCUAGGAUCUCUGAAAGAGGACGACAGUGUAGAUAGCUUAUCUCUAGGAUCUCUGAAAGAGGACGACAGUGUAGAUAGCUUAUCUCGUGGAUCUCUGACAGAGGACGACAGUGUAGAUAGCUUAUCUCUAGGAUCUCUGACAGAGGACAACAGUGUAGAUAGCUUAUCUCUAGGAUCUCUGACAGAGGACGAUAGUGUAGAUAGCUUAUCUCUAGGAUCUCUGAAAGAGGACGACAGUGUAGAUAGCUUAUCUCGUGGAUCUCUGACAGAGGACGACAGUGUAGAUAGCUUAUCUCUAGGAUCUCUGACAGAGGACGACAGUGUAGAUGUAGAUAGCUUAUCUCUAGGAUCUCCCACCGAGGACGACAGUGUAGAUAGCUUAUCUCUGACAGAGGACGACAGUGUAGAUAGCUUAUCUCUGACAGAGGACGACAGUGUAGAUAGCGUAUCUCUAGGAUCUGUCACCGAAGGUGACAGUGUAGAAAGCUUAUCUCUAGGAUCUGUCAACGAGGACGACAGUGUAGAUAGCAUAUCUCUAGGAUCUCCCACCGAGGACGACAAUGUAGAUAGCUUAUCUGUAGGAUCUCUCACCGAGGACAACAGUGUAGAUAGCUUAUCUCUAGGAACUCUGACAGAGGACGACAGUGUAGAUAGCUUAUCUUUCACCGAGGACGACAGUGUAAAUAGCUUAUCUCUAGGAUCUCUGAAAGAGGACGACAGUGUAAAUAGCUUAUCUCUAGGAUCUCUGACGGAGGACGAAAGUGUAGAUAGCUUAUCUCCACCGAGGACAACAGUGACAACAGGAUCUCCCACCGAGGACGACAGUGUAGAUAGCUUAUCUCUAGGAUUUCCCACCGAGGACGACAGUGUAGAUAGCUUAUCUUUCACCGAGGACGACAGUGUAGAUAGCUUAUCUCUAGGAUCUCCCACCGAGGACGACAGUGUAGAUAUCUUAUCUGUAGGAUCUCUGAUCGAGGACAACAGUGUAGAUAGCUUAUCUCUCACCGAGGACAACAGUGUAGAUAGCUUAUCUCUAGGAUCUCCGACAGAGGACGACAGUGUAGAUAGCUUAUCUCUAGGAUCUCCCACCGAGGACGACAGUGUAGAUAUCUUAUCUCUAGGAUCUCUGACAGAGGACAACAGUGUAGAUAGCUUAUCUCUAGGAUCUCUCACCGAGGACGACAGUGUAAAUAUCUUAUCUCUAGGAUCUCCGACAGAGGACGACAGUGUAGAUAGCUUAUCUCUAGGAUCUCUGACAGAGGACAACAGUGUAGAUAGCUUAUCUGUAGGAUCUCUGACAGAGGACAACAGUGUAGAUAUCUUAUCUCUCACCGAGGACGACAGUGUAAAUAGCUAA